AUGGUAUUUUUAGCCUGGAGGGACGUGCGCGCAGAUCUGCCCAGGGCCGCCUCCCCCACGCAGUCCUCAAGACUGUGCGUGGCUAUAAAGGCGCCAGAGGCUUUUGUCAAUGAAGCCCGGACCAGCGGCAAAGGAGUGCACUGCAGGGCGGGCACUGGGGCGCAGCGUGGGGCACAGCGGGGAGUCCUGUGCGAGCUGCACAUGAAGAAAUACAUCGUAGGCAUUGGCGGUAUGACCAAUGGUGGCAAAACCACCCUGACCAACAACCUGCUGAAGUCUUUGCCCAACUGCUGUGUGAUCCACCAAGAUGAUUUUUUUAAGCCCCAAGACCAAAUCCCUGUGGGAGAAGAUGGCUUCAAACAGUGGGAUGUGUUGGAGUCCCUGGACAUGGAAGCGAUGCUGAGCACAGUGCAAGCCUGGCUGAACAACCCCCGCAAAUUCGCCCGUGCCCACGGGGUCAGCGUGCCACCCCCCAACACCUCGGACACCCACAUCCUCAUUUUGGAGGGUUUUCUUCUCUACAGCUACAAGCCCAUAGUGGACUUGUACAGCCGACGCUAUUUCCUCACUGUGCCUUAUGAGGAGUGCAAAAGGAGGAGAAGUUCUCGAAGCUACACAGUGCCCGACCCCCCAGGCCUCUUCGAUGGCCACGUGUGGCCCAUGUACCAGAGGUACAAACAGAAGAUGGAGGCAGAUGGCGUGGAAGUGGAGUAUCUGGAUGGCACCAAACCCCGGGAGGAAUUGCUACGACAAGUCCUCGAAGACAUUCAGAACUCGCUCCUCAACUGCUCCUAG